UCGUAGACCAGAUGACUAUGGGCCUGAGGUUCCUGAACAACACCUUCGGCCAGUGCGGGAAGGUCACGGUGGGGUGGCAGCUCGAUCCCUUCGGACACUCCCAGGCCUUUGCUUCCCUCCUGGCUCAGAUGGGUUUCGAUGGACUGUUCUUGGGCAGGGCACACUAUGCCUUAUUUCAACAGAAAUCUGAAACUAAGAGGCUGGAAUUCAUUUGGAAGGCUUCGCCACUCUUAGGAAAGGUUUCCGACCUGCUGACAAUCAUCCUGUUCAACAAAUACGAACCACCACCGUCCUUGUGCAUCAACGACGUCUACUGCUCUAGCUACGACACUCUAGUCACCCGGCCCUCGGACGAGCUGACCCGAAUGGCGGAUUUUAUACUGGAUGACAUAGCGAUACAGGCCAAAGCAUAUGCCACCAAGAACAUUAUGCUGACCAUUGGGGGAGACCUGUCCUUCCAAAAUGCCCAGAACUGGUUCAACCAGGUCGAUAGUGCCAUCAGGAUGGUCAACAAUGUGUCCCACAAGAAAGGCAGACGGGUGCGCAUGUUCUACUCCACGCCACUGUGCUACCUGGCGUCGCUGCAUGCUGCCAACCAGUCCUGGCCCGUUUUCCGGGGAGACCUGUUCCCGUAUGCAGACAACCCCAACCGAGCCUGGACGGGCUUCUACACUAGUCGCCCCAACCUCAAAGGCUUCGCUCGCUACGCCAACGGAUUCCUCCAGGCUUGUAAACAGCUCGCUGUCAUCGGUGGUAAACGGGACACCAGGACGCAGCGACUGAAAGAGGCAGUAGCCAUCUUACAACAUCAUGAUGCCAUAACAGGCACCUCUAAGCAUUCUGUGGCUGAGGACUACAGUCUGCUGCUCUGGAAAGGAAUCGUAGACUGUGAGGCUGUGAUUGGGUCUGCUGUGACCAAGCUGACGGGGCAGUCGGAAGCCAAUGUGCAGUGGGGUUUCUGCCACGCAUUCAACAUCAGCCAGUGUGCCAUCACCGAGAGCUGGGGAGUGCCGGGUCCCAACGAGCAGCACAGUGGGCCCACGGAACUGACGGUGCUCGUGUACAACCCCAUGUCGCAAGCCCUGAGCACAUACGUUAGGCUCCCGGUCAACGAUGGCCACAGCUUCGAGGUCAGAGACUACCAGGGCCGGGACACCGAGCCUCAGGUAACGCCCCUCAUCAUGACAAUUCCAAACAUCCCGGACAGGAGGAGCUGUGCGAGGUCCGAAUUGGUGAUCCCUGUGGAGCUUCCACCCCUUGGGUACACCACAUUUUAUGCCACAAAGAGAGCAAAGCCAGAAGCACAAAUUAUGGAGCGAAAUAUCAACUUCCUUCAGCUUGAACCCGAGUAUAGGUUCAUUGAAAAUGAUCGUUACCGUUUAGAGGUAGAUAUGACCACGGGCCUACUGCUGCACAUUACGUUCCUUGGACUGGAGUUGGCCAUGAGCCUGAAGCAGUCAUUCUACGUCUACAAGAUGGCCGUUCCAGGGCACCAGUUCACUGUGUCUGCCGGAGGAGCAUACACCUUCCUGCCUGACAGAGACGAGCCCUUCGACCUGGGAAGCCACGUCACCUAUCGCAUCGUCAAGGGCAAUCAUGUCCAAGAGAUCCACCAGAUCUUCAGCCACUGGGUGUCUCAAGUCAUUCGCCUUUACAAGAAGUCUGAGUUCAUUGAGUUUGAGUGGAUCAUCGGGCCCAUCCCAGACAAUCGCGAGAACAUCGACAUUGUGACUAGGUAUGAGACGCGGCUGGACAACGGCGACGUCUUUUUCACCGACUCCAAUGGACUCGAGACAAUCCAGCGCAGGUGGGUGAAAUUGAAUGAAUCUGUCUAUCCACAGUCUGUGGCAUCCAAUUAUUACCCAGUGGUCUCUUGGAUAUACCUCAAGGGCCAGACGAGGAAUCUGCAAAUGACGGUGAUCACAGAUAGGGCCCAGGGAGGUACUAGCCCACAGCAGGGCUGCUUAGAGCUCAUGCUGCACAGGAGGUACUUUGUGGACGAUGACCUCGGUGUACAAGAGGCCCUUGAUGACCGUGGUGCGGGUGGAGAGGGCAUUGUGGUCAAGGGCAAGCACUUCGUACACCUGGGAACGCCCCGGGAGGCCUUACUGGUCAAGCGCAGGGCCUCACUGCAGCAGGUCUACCAGCCUGUGGUCUUGUUUACACACACACCGUUUGCACCGAUUCCAAAGAAGCAGCAUUCUGAACUCCGUGCACACCUGCCCGAAGGACUGCACCUCAUGAGCCUGGAAAAUGUCGCCGAGGACCAGGCCUUGCUACGGCUUGAGCACACACUUUUCGAAGGGAUGCUGAACACUUCCAUCACCCACUUUCUCAGCUCGUUCCUGGUGGUGGACAUCAAGGAGACGGUCCUGUCCGGCCACCUCUACCUGACGGAACUGAGCAAGACCGAACACGAACAGCCCAAGGCCACCCGCUCUGUGGCCGCAGUGCCGGUGAAGACAAGCUUCCAGGAGCUGAACAAUGUCCUCGUCACCUUGAGGCCCGGUCAAAUCCGAACGUUUCUCGCUAAGCUUCAGCCCUUUACCGGGCCCAGCAGAGCUGGUGCCAACACACAAAGGCUUCUCAGACAAGAAAGAAGACAAGGAAGAAGCAAUGGGACCCUGCAGCUGGCCUGGACUUACUGUUCUGACCGCCCUAAUUGUGGCUCCCAGAGGCGGUCGCGCCUGCCGCACUGCCCAGUUCCCCAUCCCCGUCCAAGUUGAAGCACUUGCUGACGUCCAUGAUCCAGAAGACCUUCUGCCGUGCCCCAGCGUGCCCCAUC